GGGUAACAUAAUAAUACGACAAAAGAGCACAAUAAACUGUAGGUCUAGUAUCGAGUAUCGACCUACCCUUUUUAUCUUUAGUAAAUAAUUGUAUCAUGGGCAUGUAAAACUUUCCUUUUGGGUGAGACUGUUUGCAGUCACAAGAGCUAAAUUCGACAGUAGACUGCUGUCCUUUUUUAGUUUUUUUGUCUGCUUAAAUUCUCAAUAUUAAUUUUAAUUUUUUUUUACAAAUUACAUUCUCUAAAUUUGUCUCUAAUCUAUCCUGGUCUCUUUCUUUUUCUCUCUCUUCAUUUUCUCUUUCUCUCACUCACUCCAUCUAAAGUCCAGAUUUGUUUCAGUUUCCUGCAAAAAAAAAAAAAAAAAAAAACGUUUAUUUUUGCUCUGAACACAUGAUUUAAUCGAGGUACUAAUUCAUUUGUUUGAAAGCGUUUCUGGGUUUUUUCUGAAUUUUGUUAUUCUGGGUGCCGUUUUCAAGAUGAACUGAGGCACAUCAAAUGUUUGUGAAAAGGCUUAAAAGAGAGAAUUUUGAAUUUUGGGGUUUGGAGGGAGUUUUUUCAUCAAAAUGAGGGAUUUCCCAUCUUGUUUUGGGGAAAAUGCUGUGCAGAUUCCGGAUUCUUCAUCAUCAUCUGGUAAUAAAACUGCUCAAAAUCUGGUAACUUGUGCAUAUCAAUGUCGAUUUCGAGGGCGGUCUUGUGUAAUUACAGUUACAUGGAGUAAGAAUUUGAUGGGGCAAGGUCUAAGUGUUGGAAUUGAUGAUUCAAGCAAUCAAUGUUUGUGUAAGGUUGAUGUUAAGCCAUGGUUGUUUUCUAAGAGAAAAGGGUCUAAAAGUUUAGAUGUUGAGUCUAGUAAUAUUGAUAUAUAUUGGGACCUUUCAUCAGCAAAAUUUGGAUCUGGACCUGAGCCUUUGGAGGGUUUUUACUUGGCAAUUGUGUGUGAUAAGCAAAUGAUUCUUCUACUUGGGGAUAUGAGGAAGGAAGCUUUUAAAAAGACUAAUGCUACACAAGUUCCUAGUACUGCUGUUUUCAUUGCUAAGAGGGAACAUGUUUAUGGGAAGAAGGUAUUCUAUGCAAAGGCUAAGUUUAGCGAAAACGGUCCUGUGCACGAUCUCAUGAUUGAGUGUGAUACCUUUAGCACUAACGACCCGUGCUUGAUUGUCCGUGUGGAUACCAAAAAUGUGAUGCAGGUCAAGCGGCUUCGUUGGAAGUUCAGGGGUAAUCACACUAUCCUGAUUGAUGGCCUCCCUGUUGAAGUUUUCUGGGAUGUGCAUAAUUGGCUUUUCAGUACAUCUCCUGGAAGUGCAGUUUUUAUGUUCAGAACUAGUCUUUCGGCUGAGAAGAUAUGGGCUAGCCAACCUCUUUGUGAUCCUAGUGUAUUGCAUUGGUCAGCUUCGCAAAGAAUUCGAGAUUCUCAAUCGCAACAACUUGGUUUCUCUUUGAUUUUGUAUGCCUGGAAGCAAGAAUAGUGAGAUUUAAGGAUUCUUUGUUGAGUGCUAAGUGCUAACAGAGAUAUAUUAGGGAGUGUCCAUUUACCUUUCUCUGUGAUGGAACUACACCAUAAUUUUUAUAUAAUUGGUUUUCCUUUGUCUUCCCAUCCUUUUUGUGGAAAAGGAAGACAAAUUAAAUAGAUCAAAGUGAUUUUUGUUGCCUUUGUAAAUUCCUCUGUCCAAUAUUCUCUUUAGUUUUUACGCAAUAUUCUAUUGCUUUAGAGGAUCAGAUGAAGAUGAUUUCAAUUGUAUCUCAGUUGCAUACUUGUAUGAGUUGUAUCACUUGUUCAGUAUGCCUCACAUACAGAAAGCAUGACACUUGUUUGUGAUAUAGUUAGCUUCUUCUCUUUCAUGUUAGUUUAUCAAGUGAACAUUUGAUUUGUGUGUGAGAGAUAAACUCCUCCUUCUGCAGGUUCUUGGAUAAGCUUCAAGCGAGAAGAAUCCAAGGGAUGGGCACAUUGCAAUAUUGGUGUGUCAUAUGUUGGGCUGUCUGGUGAUGGUGGCAUCCUAUAGUUUGCAAUUUUUAUGACUUGUUGGUAGCUAUUCUACUUGUACAUGUACAAUGCUGCUGGAGUUAUGCUUUUUGUGACCGUGGAAGAUCAUAGCUUAUGGUGCAUCAGACAUUGAUCUGAGGGCAGUGGGCCACACAAUGAAGCGAUUUCCUUAAGUUAGGUGACCCUUCUGCCGCCCCCUAGUUCAACAAGUUUAAAGAGGAAACAGGUGGAGAUCAGCGCCAAGUCCCAGUUUGCUGCAUCAAAGCUGAAUGAAUACUUGUUGUCACCUGGACUAAAAGACUGCAUACAUCUUCAUCCUCUUCAAUAAAGUUGGAAGUUCAAAUUAAUGGAGAACAAUUAAAAUCAAUUGCAUCUAGUGUGCAGUACUCCGUCUGCUGUUAAGUAGAGGUAAGUUGGUGAAUUGAAGGUGAAGAUUUGAAGAACAAAAGUCAGAAGCCUUUGUAAAAUUGCAAACAUUAAAAUUUGCAUACAAACUCCUCGGCUUGAUGAGUAAAUUGUUAGUUUUAUAUCCACUUAAUUAGGCCUAUUUACUAUAUUCCCAGUUUUGAAAACUUGAUUUUUUUAUUUUUUUAUUUUUUUUACAGGGAAAGGUUUCUAUCUUCAUCACUGUAAUAUACGAAGUAUUGAAAGAAUGCAACGGUACAAAAGCUCAACAGCUCUUGGAAAGGGACCUUUGCCCUUGAUGUAUCCAACUACUGCCUGAUUAAUGGCUGAGUGGGACUCUUGCUGUUUGGCUGAGCUGCUAACUCGACCAAUUUUCUAACUCUAUUGACCAUACAUUUCUUUGAGAUGCCCUUUUCUUCAAGGACUGAGACAUUGGUCAAUAUGACUCAACCAUAUAACUUUGUAGGAAUAUGUUUGUCCAAGAAUAUGGUUUUGCAAGAGAUGACAAAACUUCAACUGCCAUUUCUGGUAUUUUUAUGUCGAUUUGGAACCUUUUACUGUCUGUUGCUGUCUGUGAAAUGCUUCCAGAAUAGUGUACUUUACACUUCUUUUGGGUCAUCAACCUCUGAGUAUAUAAUACAGGCAGAUUUUGGGUCUAGUUCUUGAUAUACAGUUUUACUUUUUACAAGCGUUUACUUCAUGCAAGUUAUGUUACGAGUAACUAGAUCUUGCAUGUAGGGGUGAAACAAAUUUGGGUUAAAACCGAACCAAACCGAAAACCGAACCGAAUAAGAAAUAUGGUUCGGUUUUUUUUCGAAAGUGGUUCGGUUUGGUUUUGAAAAAAAAAAUAUUUCGGUUUUCGGUUUGGUUUCGAUUUUAAAAAUUGAAAAACCGAAAAACCGAACAAAACCGAACAGAACCGAAAUUUUAAGCCCAAAAGCCCCCUAGCCCAACACUUUUACCCUAAGUAUAUAAAGGAAAAAAAAAAACCCUAAUCCCUCACUUCCUCAUCUGACUCUCAGUCUCUCACCUCUCCUUUCCUCUUCUUCUCCUGAUCUCACCUCUCCGCCCUUUCUUUCUUCUCUUCUCAGAAUCUUAGUUCUUCCUCUCUCUCCUUUCCUCUUCUCAACUCCGUCCUUUCUUUCUCCUCUUUGAUCUCUUCUCCAUCACUCUGUUCUCCUCUUUUCCCCACCAGCCCACAUCGAACAAGUUUAUUUACAACGUUAUUAAGCCAUCAACUGAGUAGCUAAGGUUUUUCAUGUCAAAUUCAUCCAUGAAAACACUAGAUCUAGUGUUUUCAUGGUCGAACUUGACCUUUAAAACCCAAAUUCGAGGUUUUUCGGUGGAAUGUGAGGUAUGUCCUCUUUUUCUUAAUUUUAAUUUGAUUUGAAUUUUUUUUCCUACUUUAUUUUUAUGGUGGCGUAGCCGUGUAGAUUGAAUUGCGGUGGUGAUAGGUAGUUGUGGGUCGAUCUAGGGUUAGUGUUUGGGUGGAAAGGAUGAAGGGUGGUGAAAUAAGGUGGGUUGUGGGUUGUGGUGGGUGCGGAUCUGGGUUAGGGGUGGUGAUAAGGUGGUUUUUGGUGGUUGUUGUGGGUGGUAGUGGUGAUAGUUUCUAUGGGUGGUUAGUGGUGGUUAGUGGGCAUUGUUGUGGGUGGUUAGUGGUGGUAGUUUCGGUGGUUUUUGGUAGGUUAGGGUGGGUGGUAGGUGGGUUUUAGGUGGGAUGUUUGUAUGGUUUGGUUUGGUUCAAUUUUAAUUGGUGUGGUUUGGUUCGGUUUUUUUGCAAAAUGUGAUGUUUAGGAUGCUUGAGAGGAAAAUUCGGUGCGGUUUGGUUUUUUUUAGGAAAACCGAAAUUUAGGUGGUUUGGUUUGGUUCGGUUUCAAAGCUAAAGUGGUGCGGUGUGGUUUGCAAAAUCAAGAAACCGAAAUUUGGUGGUUUGGUUUCGGUUUGGGCAAAAAACCAAACCGAAAACCGAACUUUCACCCCUACUUGCAUGUAUGUGAUUACUACCCGUUUUUUUUUUGGUUGUAAACAACUUCCUAUAAUUGCAAAACUUUGUCUAGUAUUACUAUUUUACAUAUUUUGUCCAUUUUUGCCUUUUGUGGGGUCCACAUUUGCGUUUCAUCCCCAAUUUACUUCAAUUUUAUGAUCCUCCUCUAUCAUUCAAUUUUACUCCGGUUUCCUUCACUUUUCACCAUCUUCCUCAAACCUAAGCGAAUUAUACUGCUCUAAAUUUCUUUCUUUUGACUAAUUUAGCACCAGUUGACUUAUAAUAACCCUCUGCAAUUCUAAAAUUUCUUCAUCAACCCAUUUGAAAAGCUUACAUGCCUUUCUACCAGAUACAAUAUCAUAGCGUUUACAUGCCAAAGAAACCAUUGAAUUGGAUAUUCUACCUUUGAAAAUCAGAUCAAGAUUAG